AAGAGGAAGAGAUCGCGAGAACGACGCGGUAACAAAAGGAACUCAUAAAAAGAUCAGAAAUCGUUGAAAAUAAAGAAAAGAUAAUACAUUCUGAAAUGCUGGGAAUGACGGUACCCCUGCAGCUCACAAAAAUGCGAAGUAGCGCCGAGGCAGUGGCGACGAUUGCACGAGAGAAGGGAUCGCAAAGGAGUCAAGGACAGAAGCAACAAGUGGACAAAGACCUUUCCACCAUAAUGGAGGAACUGCAGAGGGAUUAUGGAGACUACAAGUACACGGUCUACCGAUGUGCCAGUAAAUUUGUGGCCCUGCAAAAGAUAUUUCACACUGGGAAAAUCCCUUACAAAUUGGUUUUGGCCAUUUUGGAUCGCCAUAAUUUGAGUGGCGGGCUGGAGCUGAUGGUUCCCCCAUUUCAGUUGACCUCCCUGCUGCACGAUGUGUACUUUGCCUGCGAAAAGCUGGGACAUUUUAAUCAGGCUGUGGACUAUCAAUUGGACAAGGCCACCGCCCUACUGGCCAAUUUCUUUUGGAAUGUCUACGAUCCACACCGCAGACACUCAAUUUCCUUGUUGGAAAUUAAGAUCACCUUCAUAAUGCUCUGCAAACUGUAUAGCAGCGAUCAUCUGGUGGGCGAUUUCUUUGGACUACUGGCCGAUCCCAAGUCGCAGAUCAUUUCAAGAUACACCUUUGAGCAACUCCUGGCCACGCUGAGCAAGCUGCUUAGCUAUCUGGGCGAGGAGAAAGCCUACGGCGCCCACAACAUACCCCUGGCAAUGGAGCAGAGCUUUGCCCGUUGUCCUCAUGGCGUUGGUGGCCUUGCCGAGCCACAGUUCCACAAACUGUGGACGGGAGCGGGUGUCCAGACGCGGUUCCUGAUCUAUGGCAAUCUUUUGGCACUGGUGAAACGCAUCGAGGACACAGAGCAUUUGAUACAUAGCAAUUCCUGUGCUAGCUGUCACCGAGAGCACAUUGUGGGCAUAAGAUUUCGCUGUCAGAUGUGCCGGGAUAUAUCGUUGUGUCUGCCGUGCUUUGCGGUAGGCUUCGCGGGCGGUCGCCACGAGCCAGGGCAUCGAAUGUGCGAGGUGUUCAUGGAGGAUCAGCCGCCUCUGCGUUGGACUCGCCAUCUAGCCAAACUGUGCGGCUGGCUGGUGGUUCCCCGCAAGGCGCAGGAGGAAGAGCGUCGUGGUUUUUGCAAUGCCCAGGAAAGUGGUCCGGCCUUAGGCCAAUCCGCUGCCACGCCCAUUCCCGCGGAGACGCGCAGUGUGCGAAGUCAGUGCCAGGAAAAGGAGAAGGACCGCACAGUGAUCCUCCAGCAACAGCAGGAGUUGUGCUCAUUAACAGGACUGGCCAGCAAGGCUUCAAGUCGUCUGCAGUCCAUUAUCGAUCGCUUGUUGCUGCAGAAUGCGAAACUAGAAACCCAGCUGCAAACGGUGGCCACAGCAUCCAGUACGGAAAUUUCACAGUUCCUCAGCGCCCAUCAAAGUUUUCUACUACAGAUUAUUGAGGAUAUGCGGCAGCUGUCGCACUCUUCUGUGGGAGCCUCACCACCAGCGCCAGCACCUCCAGUUGCUACUAUAACCGCUCCUUUAGUCAGCUCCACCUUCCUUAGCUCCAGCACUCCUCAAAGGCAGAUCUUCGAUAUGUAUGCACCGGUGGGAGCCAACCUCACGCACUCCAUUAAUGGCGCAGACUUGAAUCGCAGCUACUUGGAGGCCAACAAAUCGGAUUACUCCCUCAACGACAUUAGUUUGUGGUUCGAUCAGCGACGGUCGAGUGUGCAGCCAGGACCUGGAUCCCUGCCAGUUUCUUUGCCAAUGCCAUUGGGCGCCCUUCUGGAGAAGCAGCCUACAAGUGGCGGUGAUGGACGUGACACCGAAAUGGUUAACUUCAAGCUGCUGCUGCAUAAGGUAAAGGAGAUCGUCGAAGACUCGUACAGCGACAAUGCCGAACUGUCGGCGGCCACGCAAAAUCUGGAGAAUGUCCUUGACAGCAUCAUCAAGACCGAAGAGCAGCAGAGGCGCAUCAGCACGUGAGGAUCGGGAUGCCACAUCUCUUCCUUAUCAAUUCCAGCCAGACCAAGUCCACUUUGCUUUAUGUUGUAAAUGUUUUGACAAAAUGAUAUCAUAAAUCACGCCAAUAUUAAUACAAUUACAUAUCAUUAAGAAUUAUAUUCUAUUGACUUUCCGAUGGUAUUGAUAAAAUGUUUUAAACUUCGCAUAAAUGCUUUUAAGUUUUUAUGUCAAAUUCUGAGCAGAAUGCAAUAUAAUAAAAGUUUCAUUAUAAA